CGUUGUAUAUUCUUCUUUUUCCUCCCAUUUUCUUUUCGCUCGUCAUGAUGAAAAGACGAAGAAUGAUUCAUGUAGCCUCUGUAAUAAUAAAACUAGUAAACUAUGUCGAUUGGUCGGAUUCUUCUUCUCUUGAAUGUGUCUUCAAAAUCCUCGUGAUUAAGGGUGUAUUAGCACGCUCGAGAAAAUCUUUAAUCAACAACCGAGCUUCAACCAACCUUUUGAUGACUACCUGACUUACCUAUCGGAACAUAACGAAUGGUCACUCUAAUAGCUGGUUGCGUACACUUUCUACCAUCAAAGUCCAGUUGGCGUCCAGGUUUCAGUAGUGUUUCGAAAGAGCAAAUAACACUGCUUAUCCCCAAAGGGGACCACAAGCGAUUUUUUUGUAGCAGAUGAACAACAGAAACGAGAGAACAGGAAGAUUUCCGAGCAUUGCCAAAGGAUAGAAGAUCCCUUGCAGAAAUCAAUGAGUAGCCAGAACCACAGCAGAAAGAAUGCGAUAUUCGCAACACCGUAGCCGAAAAUGAGCAACGACACAUCAAACGUCUCUGCUCGUCAACUUAGCGACAAAGAAGAAUAAAACACAGCAUGAUAUAUGCGCUAACUAGUGUAACCCAAGAAACGACUGAUUCGUUAUUAAUGCCAUCUCUUUUUUCCCACUUUACCUCCAUUUCUAUGCUUUCCAUCCAACUUUCCCUCUCCUUGUUUACCUUUCUCACAGAGCCACUUUCCCGUCCGCGCACGAUUUCGAGAAGAGCCAAGAAGUAUUAGGCAUCGUUUUCCGGCUUUAAGUUGAUCCAAUACCCGUUGCCAUCAUCCCGUGAGAGGAAAAGACAAGAGCCUGAGGCAUGAGUGCUUAUCCGGGUCGUGACCCCACGAUUAUGCCGUGCAGAUGGGAAGAUCCCAUUCACUGCAGUCAUCCCGUACGGAUCUCUGGAAAUAUAUCGUCCCGGACCGACGAUGGAAUUUUGCAUCAAUCAUCUGCUUACCCGCUGUGGGGACAAGCAAAGCUGUUAUGCCAUACGAUCGGCUUUUCCUUUCUCGACGAGGAUGCGAGAUCCAAGCUGGUAGCCGCGAUAUAUCGUGGCGACGGCAUGAUCGACGACGACCCUGGCCCCAUACUAUGGCAUAGGUCUAUGCCAUUGUGUGCCGUCAUUUUUUUUUUCGCCCGUCCACUACGUCUUCCAGAGUUGUUCACCGCUAUAUCAGACAAUGUUGUGGUUUUCUUGGCUUUCAAAGCCUUGCAUGCUUCACCGCUUAUCACCGGCUCAUUUUAUGAUAUAGCAGCCACUGUUGCUUUGAGCGCUCCGUAUGGCGGCCGCUGA